AUGUCAGGAGAUAACUCCGGAUGCGGCACCGUGCCGUUUUGCGGAACUCCGACUUGCGAUGGACUCACCUGUGAAGCGGAACAGGUGCAGAGGGCACACAUUCGGCUGCAGGCUGAUCAACCUGUUAUCCCGGUGCCUGUCUAUCAGGAAAUCCAGAAGCGGGAUAAGUACAUAGAGGUGCCGCAAGUAGAGGUCAAGGAUAGCAUUGUUCCCAAGGUUUAUAAUCAGUCUGCUGUUCACGAUGUUCCCAAAGUACACGUUGAUUGUGGCGAGAGGAACCUCGCCAUUGAGACAGAAAAAAUCAUUGAGAGAGAUGUAGAUGUCCCGGUGCACGUGGGAUACGCACCUCAGUUCGUCCCCAAGUGGGACAUACGCGAGGUGCCUCGGCCCGUUCCCAAGUAUGAAGGCGAGCAACAAAUCAUUGAGGUAGAAGUGCCCCAAAUAGAGUACAAGGAUACCUAUGUUGAAAAGGAAGUGGUGGUAGACGUCAAGGAGAAAAUUGUCCCCAAAGUGACGGAAGUUGUUAAGGAGGUAGAGGUUAUGCAGUACGAGUGGAAAGAGAAGUAUCAAGACGUCCCCGUAUACAAAUAUGUCCCUAAGUUCGACGUUGAGCUUGAUUGCCCUCCCCCGCUUAUUGUCCCAUACACGGAGACUCGUUAUGUCCAAGAUGAACCCCAAACGUCCAAUCCCUACUGCGGCUGGUCGGCUUGCUGUGCGCAAGUGCAUCAAGAGCCUCACAUCAGAACGGUGGAGAAGGCCGUUCGCACCGAGCAGCAAAGACUCUAUCCAGGCUCUGCCCAGCUUACUGAGGCUAACGUGAACUACCCAGUGGGGCAAGAUUUUGCCUCUCAUUUCCAACAAAAUACUGAAGAACGGGUCCUUAGAGGGAACAGUGUCAGCAAUAGCCCCGUUCGUCCAGCAGGUCUACCCCAGCUCCCCCCUGGCCCUGUUUAUCCAAAGCCCACUCCGCAGGUAGGUGCCUCUGAUAAGCAGAAAAGCAGUGGGGCUCGCUUAAACGAGAAAAAGCCGAGCUUUUGGAGCUGGUUAACUGGAAAGGGGGAGGCACAGAAGCCGACGCCUGCUGAGAAGUUCGGAUAUCCAGAAAACAUGCCGACGGAUUUCGCCGCUGCCUUUCAGAACCAAGGAGCACCAGAGAGUCGAGGAGGCACCCAAGAUCCUGCAGAUGCUGAGACGGUUUCGGAAGAGAAGAACAAGCCUUCCGAUGAGCUAGAGCCAUCUGUUGUCUAUCGUGGCGCCGUCAAUAAACCACCUGAGUACGGAGGAGAGCUGGAUCCUAUAUCCUUCAAGCUACAUGCGAUAGAAGUCCACCAGUUUGUUCCUCUCCCGAACACGGAGCCCCCAGAGUUUGUGAAGGCCCUCUCCAAUGGAAUUAUGACAAGUGAUGUCACUGGACUAGAAAAAUUCUUCGGUGGUCAUGUGCCACCCGGUUGGGCUGACCCCGAUGUCACUGGCAUUCCCGCCACCACCAUGAGUGACAUCUUGUCAGGAAACGCCCAGAAUGUAGGGAUAAUGAGCCCCCUGGUGUGCCAGCUGUCAUCGCAAUUUGCUAAACAAGGCUUCGUGCCGGGCGGUACACAAGAUAUGACUCAAGUCGGAUCAUUCAAGCGCAACACGUCUCAGCCUCAUCCGUAG